AUGCCUACUGAAGAUACCCCCAUUUUCGAUGCUAAGAAGACUGUUUAUACCCAUGAGUUCUCCAGCGACCUUGUAAAGUCCUGGUCUCCCCUAAACAGCGCCCUGAUUGACAUCUACGGGGCGUGGGGGUGGAGGUGCGAUAGCAGGGUGAAGAAAGUCAAAAUCGUGACAAACACGGAGGAGCCGAGAGACCUGGUGGCCGAAUUGCAGCAGAUGGGUGCUUUGAUGAAGGAUGAAUAG